AUGAGUGCUGGAAUUAAAAAUGUUACUCAUCGAGGAGUUUAUGUCGGAGAAACAAUUGGAAUAGGAAAACACACAGUUGUACACAAUUUUUGUUCGGAUGAUACAAAAAGUCAUAAGCCAAACUUGAGAGAUUGGCCAAAAAUGAUGUUUAAUUUAAAAACUGGGGGAGGGAUAGUUGUUUGGACAAUGGAAGAUUUUCGUGAUAGUGGAAAUGAUAAAAAAUGGUGGAUUGAUAAUAUGGAGGAAUUAUUUAGAAAAUCUAAUUUUGGAGGGGAGGAAGUAGCUGAAAGGGCUAGGAAAGAGGCUAGAAUAAUUUUUUGA